AUGUCACUGCCUUCCUUUUCACUUCUCCCUUCUCUUCUCCUCUGCUUGUUUGCAUUAUUCUCCACUACAAAGUUUGUGUUUCUAAUUUUGUUUUUGAAACACUUUUUGUUUCCAGAUGGGGAACAACUCAUAUUGGUGAACAACUGCAAUGAGAGCGUAUGGCCUGGAGUACUUGGUGGUGCAGGUCACUCAACGCCCAAAGAUGGCGGUUUCCAUCUUGGAAGUGGUGAGGAAGUAGUCAUUGAUGUGCCGGAUAAGUGGUCUGGGAGGAUAUGGGGUCGGCAAGGAUGUUCCUUCGACGGUAAUGGAAAAGGCUCAUGUGAAACUGGGGAUUGUUCAGGCUUACUUCGCUGCCAAGGCGUUGGUGGCGCUCCCCCAGCAACCAUGGUCGAAAUGACUCUUGGAUCAUCUACUUCACCCUUGCAUUUCUACGAUGUUAGUUUAGUUGAUGGCUUUAAUUUGCCAGUUUCAAUGGCACCAGUUGGGGGUGGAAUUGGAUGUGGAGUUGCAUCGUGUGAAGUAGAUUUAAACAUCUGCUGUCCAUCUGCACUAGAAGUAAAGAGCGGUGGCAAAAUAGUGGGGUGUAAAAGUGCUUGUUUGGCUAUGCAAUCGGCCAAGUAUUGCUGCACAGGGGACUAUGCUAACCCAAAGACUUGCAAGCCAACCCUUUUUGCCCAUUUAUUUAAGGCUGUAUGCCCAAAGGCCUAUAGUUAUGCUUUUGACGACUCCUCCAGCCUUAACAAAUGCAGGGCUUCGCGGUAUGUUAUAACGUUCUGUCCUCCUAAAUAA